UGACUACGCCCCUUGAAUUAUGGCCAUCAAAAAUUAAAAACGAAACUAACAGAAGAUCAGCUACACACAGCGUUUAAACUACAUGGAUUUAGAAGACCCUUUAAAUCUGUUUAUUCUAGACCAAGGUUAAUCUGAAUCGGGUCAAAUGGAGCUUAGAGCUGUGGUGUUUGGAGGGAAGUUUUCUGGGAAGACUUCACUGAUCAAUGCUGUGUUCGACCAGGAUUUGCUUCAGAAUCAGAAGAGGACUGCUCAAUGUCAGAAACAUCAGGGAAAUGUGCUCGGAAGAGAACUGACCUUAGUCGACACUCCAGGCUGGUGGAAGCAUUUUCCACUAAGUGAUACAGCAACCUUUCUAAAACAGGAGCUUAUUCAAGGAGUUUCUCUGGUCAAUCCAGGACCCCAUGCCAUUCUGCUGGUCAUCGAGAUUGAUAUUCCAUUCACAGAGAAGCACAGGAAAGCUGCAGAGGAUCACCUUGGACUUCUUGGUGACCAGAUCUGGAAAUAUGCUCUUGUUGUGUUCACAAGAAGCCAUUCUCUGAAGAAGAGAACUAUAGAGGAGCACAUUAAAAAAGAGGGGAAAGCUCUUCAGAGGCUAAUUAAAAAAUGUGGGAACAGAUAUUGUGAAUUUAACUGUAGAGUCCCAAAUAACACUUCUCAAGUCAAACAGAUGCUGGAAAUGAUUGAUAACAUAGUACAAAGCAACAGUAGUGGUUACUUUGAAAUUGAGGCUAAAAGAUUGGAGGAUGCUGCAGAGCGGAAGAAAACAGUGAAGACCAAAGCAAAAUCCAGGAAAUCAAAAGUACAAGAACAAAGAAGAGAGCCUGACGAGCUAAGAAUUGCAUUGCUGGGUUGGGUGAUUGCUGGAAAGAGUUCAGCUGGGAACACCAUCCUGAACAAACAAGUGUUUGUAACUGGUCAAAGUACAGUGAAUUGUAAAACGGUACAUGGAGUAGUGGAUGGAAGACCUGUAACUGUGCUCGAUACACCAAGCUGGUUUAAGUACUUUCCUUCUCAGUACUCUCCAGCAUGGAUAAAGUCAGAAAUUCUAAAAAAUCAGACCCUUACCUCUCCUCACUGCAUCCUUCUCGUGAUUCCUGGAGACACUUCAUUCAAGGAGGAACAGAAAAAAGUCAUUGAAGAGAAUAUGAGCUUUCUUGGAGAGCAAGUUUGGAGACACACCAUUGUCCUUUUCACAUGGGGUGACAUACUUGGAGAUCUGCCCAUAGAAGAGCACAUCGAGAGUGAAGGUGAAGCCCUCCAAUGGGUGAUAGAUAAAUGUGAGAACAGAUAUCACGUCUUCAACAAUGAAGAAAGAGGAAACCGUGCUCAGGUUACAGAGCUUCUGCAGAAGAUUGAUGAGAUGAUGACUAGAAACAGUUUCUUCCAGCCAAGUACCGAGAUGUCAGGUAGGAUUCCAGCACAAGAUGAAGUGAACACACAGUCAGAAGCAAGCAGUGAUAAUAGGGAUUUACAGGACAUUGUGCAAUAUGUUGUUGAAGAAUGGAGGAGAAGAGACAAGAAGCUUCUUGAAAGGGUUACAAAAGUGGAAAAGGACAGUAAUGCAGGACUCCCUAAAAGUGACAGAAGUUUGAAUAUUCCUCCAAAUUUAAGUGAGACAUCUUCAAACACUAAACCAGAGGACAGCAUUGAGAAGCAAGAGCCUGAAACAGACCCAGAGUCAUGUAAUCUAGAUGAGACAAAACGACCCUUGGAAAUCAAGGAAUACAUAAAGGAUAUGCUGGAUCGAGAGUGGAGCAGACGAGAGGAGGCAUUAAUGGGAAGAGUUCUGGAAAUGUUGAGUGAGCCCAGAUGUGAUUCUACACAUUCAGAGCCAACCGAACAUGACAAAGAAAAAUCAAACCUGAAAGUCACAGACUGGUUACAAAAUCAUUCUCUCGGAUACAAUUCAGCUUCAUGCAGUAAUCAAUCAGACACUUGAGGUUUUGUCACAUGAUUUUUCAGUUUAUGCACUACUGCAGCUACAAAAUAAUCAAUUCUGCUGCAAUUUGGGUUUAUGAUGUUUUAGAAUAAAGAAUAUACGGAUGAACCAUUCAAAAAGAGGUAAGAC